AUGGCUCGUGCUGAAAGCCAGGCCCAAACGGGAUGUCAAGCUCAGAUGAGUUGCCAAGGACCACUGUGCUGUAACGUUCAGCCAGGUUUCCAGGCACAGGGUGGUUGCAUGCCCCAGGCUGGAUUCAGAGCUCUAAACUACUUUCAAGCAGGGUCUCCAGCCCAGGAGAACCAAACCCAAUCUGGAUUACCACCUCAGGCGGGAUUCACGACAUCGAGUUUCACGGCUCCGGCGGGCUCUGUAACCGGCCCACAAACUGCCCCUCCUAACUUUACUACCCGUUCUCCCGAGGCAAAGAAAGUAGAAGACCCUAGCACCACGGCGGUUCCAUGGCAAAGCAUGAAGGCUGUGAAGAAUUCGCUGAUCGAGGGUUACAUGAAGAUAACGAACGUGACGCAGAUGUCUUCAGCGGGUGGUCUCUCCAGCUGUGCCGAGAACGCGAUACGUCGAAUGCGCUUGUGCAUGUCCUGCCCCAACCUCGUUCCUGGAACUAGACUGCCAAAUUUACGCAUACAUUCCAGCCUCCGUAGAACUAGGUCCCUUAUUUGUGAACCCACUCCGAUACCUAAGGCUUCGAUGCUCUUGGCUCAGAGACAUAUUCAGGACACUAUGGCGAUUACUCGUUUCCCGCGCAAUCUAUGUGCUGUGCCUUCCUCCAUGCUCAAUUCAAGAGCAUUUAUUUCUAAGCGUGAUUAUUCAAGCAAGCCAUGUCCAUGUCCAUGCGGCUGUGGCUGCGGCUGCCUCCCCCCACCGUGCAACACGCCACCCAAGUGUAUACAGUACAUGACUGGAUAUUAUUAUUAUCCAUACGGGUUCUGGUUCUGUGGACCGUACCAUGUUAGCGGCACAUGUUGCCCCUGCGGCCCAUGUAGCCCCGGUAAGGGUGGAGUUUGCUGUGCAUGCAAGUGUUGUGCCUGUUUCCCUGGGGUAUGUGGGGUAGUAACACCACAAGCUAACCCACGAUCUUUUUCAAGUAACCCUUUUGCAAACCCACAAACUUUCCCGCAAGUAAUAGAUCAGCAGACCCUAAGUGGUGUUUCGUCUCCCGCCAAUAGGUCACAAUCACCAUUUUAUUACCCUUCUAUGCAGUUUAAACCUUUAUCGGCAACUACGUCACAGCCACAGCCUGCCAUCAAGAGCGCCACGACAAGUGACAUAGGAACAAGUGCUCACGUACAGACUAAUUCGAACUCCAACAAAGCGUCUCCACGUAAAUCAGUCAUAUCAAAAUUGUUUCCUUUCAAGUCCCAAUCGGAACCUCAGACGCCUAAAAAACCUACAUGUCUGAUUUGCCCUUACAGUACUCGGUCCGGAGAGAAAAUCGAAUCCGAAUUUUCUUCAUACGACACUUAUAGUCCGCCUAUUUCUUUAGCUAAACCAGAUCUGAGACCGGUUGAUCCGUUUCCAAUGUAUCCCAAGAAGCAUAUUUCUGGUUCUUACUCCAGGUCUUUUAACAAACCUCCUAUGGACAGAAGCAAUGCAAAACAAAAGGCCACAAACAAAUUCUCUGGCGAAGUAUGCCCGCCCUCAGACAAGCCUUAA